CUUCAGUCUCUCUGUGUGUGUGUGUGUGUGUGUGUCUCUCUCUCUCCCUCCCUCCCUCUCCUGCUCCCUCUCUCUCUUCCUUCUCUCCCUCUCUCUCCUCCCUCUGCUUUCCCGGUGCAGAAAGUCUCCGUCGCUCCUGGAACUUGUUGGCAAUGCCUAUUUUUCAGCUUUCCCCCGCGUUCUCUAAACUAACUAUUUAAAGGUCUGCGGUCGCAAAUGGUUUGACUAAACGUAGGAUGGGACUUAAGUUGAACGGCAGAUAUAUUUCACUGAUCCUCGCGGUGCAAAUAGCGUACCUGGUGCAGGCCGUGAGAGCAGCGGGCAAGUGCGAUGAGGUCUUUAAGGGCUUUUCAAACUGUUUGCUCAAACUGGGCGAAAGCGUGGCCAACUACCCGCAGGGCCUGGACGACAAGACGAACGUCAAGACCAUGUGCACGCCUUGGCAGGGCCUGCACCGCCCAAGGGGAUGCUGUAGCCUGGAGUGGGCAGAGGAGGAUCAUUCUGCCGAGGCCCAGUCCAACACAGAGGCGUGCUCAUCCUCGGCGCUGAAACCAGGGCGAGGGGCAGCGAGAGCGGCUGCCAAUUCCUCCCUGUUUGGAGCAGUCUUCCUCAGUCUUUGCUUCUGAAUGAGAGGCCUGCCCAGCACCCUACAAAGAAUAGUUUUGGUUUCAGGGGAGGCUUAGGUAAUGAUACAUUUGCCUAAAAGGAAAGUCUCUCACCUAUUUUGUCCAUUUCCCCUGAUUAAAACUCCCCUCAAGUACACAUCAAGAAAGCUGGAGUGCAGGCAAGGGAGCACUGGGACCCCUUCCUCUUCCUGGGAAAAAGAGUGAGAGGAUAUUUUGUUUCCUGCCAAUGACUUUGCCCAAGAAGAACGUGUUCUGGGCAUCUAGUGACUGUUGAGUGUGUAGUAAUUUGCUAGGUUUAGGGUAGUCACCCUCCAUGGUUUUUUGUUGUUGUUGUUUCCCUCUUUCUUGGUCUACAAUGUAGACUCUACAUGUAUUAAAAGGCCAGGGUGGUUAAGGGUCCAAGGAGCGCCAUGAAAGAGUUCGUGGCCAGGCUCAGUGACAUUGCAGCUGCUGCAAACCUUGGAAAUAUCCCUAUCCUCUGCAAUAACACACACUUCAUUUUAUUUUUCAAAAACAGAUAUGAUACCCCCCUCAUAACGACCCUUUCAAUAAAGUCAAGGAAACGGGUAUUCCAUGUACCCCAGAGGUUGGAGUGACCACUUGCUGUACCCCCUUUUUUAUAGUGUGAAGUCCUUCUUCUCUCUAAUUCCUGGGGGGUGUGGGGUGUAUUUAAAUUAUGAGUAAUUAAACAGGGGUCAAUUUUGCUAUGCAUUUUCCUAAAUAUCCAGAUACCCACUAGGAGCCACAGCAGCUAAGUAGCUGGUACCUUCCUAACAGGAAAGGGACAAAUGUUUGGGUCUGGGAUGCGUACCUACCUAUUGUAAUUCCAAAUAUCUGAUGCUAGGUAAGAUUACAUCUAUUCACAAUAAAAGGUUAAAUAUAGAUCAGCUCCCAAAUGCUCCAUCAUUUGCCACAACUUGGUUAUUCCAAGUUAUUUGAGUUUAUUUUGCAAGAUUUGGUCCUGAAAAAUGGAAAUGAGGAGGGCCCCUCCAGAGGUCACAGGCCACAGCUGGGUUGAGGCUCUCACUGAGUUGGUGCACUGGGUGCUCCACAACUCCUUUCAGUCCCAUCUGGACUUCUGACCCUUUCCACCAUGCCGCUCUCCCUCCGGGCGGGGCUUGUUCCCAUCUGGGCAUAGAGAAAGGAGGGAGUUAGACUCCCUUUGGGAGGUGCCAUUUUUUCAGAGAACUGUGCCUCCACCUCUUAGGUUUCUCAAAGCUUGCUAUUUUUUUUUUCCAGUUGAGGAACCUAGAAGCCCUACACCCCAGGACCACCACCCCC